AUGCGUCGCCGCGAGCGAGUGUUCUCAACGGUGAGCCUGCACCGCAUCUUCCUGCUCGUCCUCAUGCGCCGUAUCGUGUACAUCGGCAAGGGCAUCAUCGCGUCCGUACACAUCAUCCUCGCGGUCGUGUUCGCACUCACGCUCUACACAACUGCAUACGUCGGCGCGGUGAUCGAAUGGGUCAUCGCAUUUGGGUAUACAUUCUACCUGCUGAUGUUCUAUUACGACCUCCGGAUGUCCCACGGCAUGCACAAGAGUGCGUACUCCGACCGGGAACUGCUCAUCCAAUGCAGCGUCAAGAGCGGAGGGAUGGCGGGCACGAUGUGCCAGGUCGAUGGGCUGGCGUACGGGACUGCCAUUGCCCAGUCAAAGCAUCUUCAUUACUCGCAAGCUCAGCCAUGA